UUUAUGCAGAUUACCUACGAGUUGUAAAAAGAGCUACGCUCCGGCCUUGGGGCAUUAUUGUCCUUGUCAUGUGGCAAUGUGCUGCGGGAGGAUGCAAAUAUAAUAUUAUAGCUGCCCACACGAGCUGCAACGAGUGAUGACAUUCGCAGAGGAUGGUGCAAACAGGCUCCCGCGCAGCCCGCGGCCCACUGUCGCGCUUGUGGCUGCCGUCGUACUCGUCGUGGCCGAUGCGGCGCCCUUCGCGCCCUGGGACUGGGACGGCCCGCCGUGCCCCGCGUCGCGGCGGUACGUUGCCGCGCGCGCGGCCGCGCGCGGCGGGCCGGGCGUGUGCGUCAAGGCGUACUCGUCGGUCGGGAACUGGCUCAUGACGCUGGACGACGCAACGAAGGUGGCGUACGGCGUCGACGCGAUGCUGUGGAUCGACCUCGAGGGUUUCGCCGGUUUCCGGCGCGCCGUCGCGCCGGCGGCCGUGCCGUGGAACGCGUCGUGCGACGCGCGACCCGCGGCGACCCGGGCGCUGGAGACGUUCUCGUACCGCGACGGCUGGAUCGCGCUCGGACGGGACCCGCCCGAGACCGCGGCGACGCGCGGGGGCUUCCUCUUCGGCCUCCUCGGCCUCCUCGGCCGCGCGACGCGCUCGACGGGCCCCGCCCGGGGAAGCUGGGCGCAGUUCCGGGCGCUGCUUCGGGGCGAGUUGGCGCCCGCGUACGCGAAGCCCGGUUCCGUGCGCGACGCCGUCGGCAACUUCCGGGCCGCGGCCGGCUUCCACCAGGUGGAUCGCCGGACCGACGACGCGCACUGCCGAUUCAACACGUUCUUCGCGAGGACGGCGGCGCUGCGGGCCGAACUCGACCGCCGCAGGGACGCGCUGGGCCAGGCGCGGCGCUACGCCGCCGUCCACGUCCGGUCGGCGUUCGGCGAGAACCCGCUCUACGUCCGCGGCCCGCUGACGCAGGAGCGGCUCCACGCGCGGGAGCCGCCGCAGCACCUCUGCCUCGCGUACCUCCGCCGGGCCGCGGACGCCACCGCGUGCCUCCGAUCGGCGCCGGGCGUGGCGCCGGCGUCCGUGUUCGUGGCCUCGAACUCGCCCGCGGUCGAGCGGGCCUGCGCGCGACUCGGCGCCGGCGUCCUCGCCGUGUCGGCCGCGGACGCGCACCGCAGCCGCCACACGGACGUCGCCGGCGCCGCGCUGGAAUUCCACGCCCUCGUCUCGUUUUUUCUCCUCGUCGACGCCGAGGUUCUCGUCGCCGGCCACUCGAGCUUCUCGCUCAUGGCCGCGCAAAUAUCGCGCAAGCGUGCCGACGGCGCGCGCGCGUGGGCGCCGGACCGCUUCGUGGAACCGAGCCUCGCCGUCGACGCGUGGUUCGCGCCCGGCGCCCGGCCGCGCGGCGCCUGCGCCGACGGACUCUACGACCACGGCGCCGCGGCGACCGACGGG